CUAUUGCUUCUGGUCCUUCAGGAUAAGGCAGUGCAACAUGUCUGGUAUUUAUGAAUGCGUAGGCAGACUGCAGCGAGCUUGAGGCCAGGUUUCACCGGUUUGUAGAAGUGGGAGGGGGUGGAGGAUCACUCCUUCAAGUAACUGCAGAUUACAGGCUUUAUACAUUUGCUCACAGGUGUAAAACUUAUUAGCAAACUGGUGAUUUUUUCUGGGCUCUUCCGCUCUUGUUUAUCUCGGGCGCCAUGUUUCUGAACACACUCCUUUAAGUGCUAAGAAAUGUUUGUGGCAGGAUCUGAUCCCCAAAACGCAAUGAUAGAAAGGCAGAAUGAAGCAUAUUGGUAGAAACGUGUUGGUUCCUCUGUGGUGACUCCUAGGGAAAGAGGAUGGCGAGGCAUUCCUCGUGCGAGUGAGGCCCAGAUGGGCUGUGUGUGGUUUUCGUUCUUAAUCUCUCGAGCGGGGAGGAAAAUUUAAAAUUAAAAAAACAACCCACCGAAGACCUUUUUGAGGAUGUGGCAUGAGGUUGAUUUUCCUCUCUUACACUUAAUCAGGAGAGAAAGUACAUACUGUUUUCUCCUAUUGUUUAUUGGCUUUGAACUUCUGUAUUGCUUUGGACAUCACCCAUAACCUUGAGGUGAAGGGCUAACUGGCUCUGGGCUUUUGCUGACAACCCCCACCUAAGCCAGACAGCGUCUGGUCAAAGGAAAUGUACAAAGAUGAAGCGCAGGGGGAGAGAGGAGAGAGAGAAUGGAGCUCACUUGCUUGUUUGUUUAUUUGGCUAGCAUGCUACAAAGGAAUGCAACUCUUAAAAGGGAGAGAUAGAAAGAUAGAUAGAGAGGAGAGAAAGAGAGGGAGAAGACAGGGAGAGGAAUAGGCGGGUGGCAAUAAAUGUUCAGGCAGCAACUUCCUUUGCUAGUUAAAAAUUAACUGGUUAUUCAUCUCUAGGUUGACUCAUGGAGUUUCUCCAGUUUUGUGGAGAGGCUGCUGGUGAUUUCCUGGCCCAGUUAAAAAAAGGUGGGGGGGACAUCCCAUAUGUGUUGCCGGGACAAUGCAGCUAUAAAAGUGCCCUCGACUCCCCCCCCCACUUCUAUUUGCAUACUGGGAAAGCUGGGCUAUAAACGAGACGGAGGUUUGUUUCAGCCAUCUCUGAGGGUAGAUCCGCGAAGGGCAAUUGUCUGCGCUAGCAUCCGUUCGUUUAACGCGGGGCAUUUGGAAACCGGCUGGCAGGUCAGCUCUGCGGAGGAACGCUGUUGCCACAAGAUGGCGUUCUUCAGAUCAAUGUCAAAGCCGCAGUGGGAGAAGAGGGGGAGAGGAAGGGGGGGGUUUUGAAAUCUUGGCCUUUGUUCCCCUUGCGUUCUAGGAGCUGCACAUUAUAUUAUUUCACUUUCCACGCUCAGAUUUGCAAAGGUAAGGUGAAGCCGAUUGCUCACUCCUUCACGGAGAAGCACAAGCGUUGAGCCAGGAGGUUCUCUCUCACACACACUCUCAAGGCUGACUACUCCGGGCUUCCAGCGCUUCCAGAGGGUGAGUAUUUCCUUUGAGGCUAAGUUUGGUUGAUUAAAGAGGAAGCAAGCUCUUAUCAAGGUGCAGCUGGAGUGACCUCUAGGUCUACUUGCUCUCGAUUAAGUCCUUUCACGUUUAUUUUAAUUUCUUUUUGGAAGUGGAACUCCAGGGGUGUGGUGUCUUUUCGGAAAGCCAGUCAUUAAAAGGUUGGCUGUGGAAAGUAUUGUUUGAAGGCUUGCUAAGUUUAGAGAGCAACUCCUCGAAAGGAGUGGAGAAAAGGUUUUCAGGUUGAAGGUCUGCCAAGCAGUUCACGCGGUGGUGAAACAAGCGUAGGUAGGCCAAGACGGCGGCUUUCUUAUAAAAGCUGCAUCCCUGGGAAUACAGGAUUAUGGAUGUCCACGUUUGUCUGGAGGACGCUAGGUGUCUUCUGUCAACUAGAUCUAUAGCGGCGUAGACUGAAAAUGGCAGCUAUUGGACUUGAGCUGUGGUUUGCUCAUUCCAGUUUGGCCGAGUUCGCCCGCCUAUGGUUGGUUUACAGCGAUAUUUAUUAAAUGCCUUUUUCUUCCGAGGCAGCGUCACUCUCCUCCACUCUAAGCAGAAGAAGCUGGAAAUCGAUAUAGCUGGAUGUAGAGUAAAAGCUCCUUUCGCUUAACACCUCCACCUCGGAGCGAUCUCAUGUAAAGCCAAUUCCUGAGUGGAGGCUGAAUUUAAAAUAUCUCUGUUGAUCCUGUCUCUAUUGAUCUGCAGUGUACUUGCUGUAGAAAUAUUCUGAGAGCGGAGCCAUAAUCUGGAAGGCCUAGCCCUUGUAUACAAUAACAGGAAAUUUACUUGACACUUGGAGCUACGGUCAUCAACAUACUUGCUGCAGCGAAUUUGCAGGGAUCUCGUGUUAUGAUUAUUCUGAGCGGGCCAAUUACUUAUAUAGGAUUGAGGGAUAUCUAGUUUUCUCUAGAUUGCUGCCUAUUAUACAACAGCCAGAGGGGAUAUUCUUGAGCUUCCUUUUGCAUAAAGCGCCUGGGAUCAGAUGCUAACGGUGAAGAGUUACCAGUGUAGCACCCAGGAUAGAUUAGGAGGAGCAGUCCUGAUUUCUUAAGCAGUCGACGAGUUGACCUUGGGAUAAAUUACAGAUUACAGAAGCUCGCGAUGCGAUUGCCCCCCCCCCCACUUUACCCCACUCAGAUAGGCCCAACUUUAUUCGAGCAGUCUGCCUGUGGCAUUAACUUCUUCGGCUUGCAUAUUUUGGUCCGAGUCAUGUGUUAUGUUAGAAAGUCUCUUAUCUUGGCCACGCACCGCCCUAGUGAACUAUGAUUUCUGAAGUCCAGUGUUAAAGCUUUACUCGGUUAUUAUGGUGGGGUGGAGGAGGCGAGGCGGGAAGACGGAGGGAACUUUCCUUCAGUGUUUAUGGAAACAAAGGCAACCGAUUCAUAGGAGGGAAACGUUCCGCCCAGCAACUUUCUUGCAUUUAUUUAAUCAAUUUCUUAGGUCUCAUUAGCAAAUCAUUUCACCAGUCGGCUCGUGCUUCUGUGGUAGUAGCAUGGUGUCCUCUUUUCCGAGGGAACUUUCCUCCAGUGCUUAUGGAAACAAAGGCAACCGAUUAAUAGGAGGGAAACGUUUAGUCCAACAACUUUCUUGCUUUUAUUUAAUCAAUUUCUUAGGUCUCAUUAGCAGAUCACGUCACCAGUUACCUCGUGCUUCUGUAGUAGUAGCAUGGUGUCCACAUAAAAUGAUAAAAAAUUAAGCAUAGCAAACUCAAAUGAGAGGUUUUCCCCUUCAUUUUAACAACAAGAAGAAAGAAAAAGAAACCAGCAAAAAUGAAUAAAUACGUGAUUUCAGAAGCAUACUUUUUUAGUUUUGGUUGCUUCUCUUUCUUUCAUUUCAUCCAAAAAUAUAAAUAAUAAACAGGUUUCCACAGUGGUUAGUCUCUAGAUAUCCUCUGGUGGUAAAAUUAAGUUUGCUGUAGAUCUAGGUCAGGAAGCAACCUCCCUUGCAGCUGAUUCCUUAUAUUCACUCUUCCCCACCCGCUUCGAUUUCUAAUAAGCUGGGAUAGUGUGCUUGGGGGAAGAGGGUGAAAAUGACUCUACGUUUAUAAUAUGCUGCGAUUGCUUUUUCGCACACAAGCACGCCUAAGGGUCUUUAAAGAGGCGUCUUCCACUUCGACGUCUCCUUCGGAUAUCGUGUAUUCCCCAUCCCACCCCAAAUCUGUGCAAAGGAAAUGCCUCUGAGAACGAACCAUGGCCGAGCUUCAAUAUAAUUUCAUAUUAUAAUUUCACGUUGUAACUUAGAAAUGCAAAUAGAUAUCCCUCCGCGAACAGCUGCUGCCUCCUAGUUUGAAAUAGCGCGCCAAACUCACGUUGAAAAGAAAAGAAGCAUAGGUUCAGACAUGCGCCUCGCUUUGACUUCAACAUAUUAUUGCCUAGCCUAAAUUAUUCGAAGCGAGAAAUCCAACUUUGCUGGAGUCAGAUCAAUGCACUCUCUCCAAAUUUCGUUGCUACGUGCACAACAUAAUGGGCUACUAGAACCAGACGGGAGUCUACGACACAAAAUGCUAGAUACGUGUCUGCUAGCCUGGAGUUAAGCUUGCUAACCCAGAAGUGAGUCGCAUUCAAUUCAAUAGGGCUUCAAGUCUCAGGUUAAGUGUGCGCAGGAUUGUAGUAUUUAAUAACUUUCUUAUGCUCCGGAUCCUCUAGCUUAGGCCUUGGAAUGGCCUUAUUUUGAAUGUGAGCCCCACUGAUACCUGAAAAAACUUGUGCUCUGCUCCCAUUCCUUAGGAGACGUUGAUUUGGGAGAGAUGCCCUUGACUUCAACUGAAUUUACGUCCAAGUAAAUACGCAUUCAUAUACGUCUGUGGUCCCAGCCACUCUCGCGCGGAAGGAUGUCCUAUUGAAACCAGCAGGACUUCCUUCCCGACCGACGCGUUUAACACUGGGGUGCCAGGCUGCGAUCCUGCGCUCGGUUGCCCGCACAUAAAUCCCAUCCCUAUCAGAGAGAAGAAGGAAGGUAGUCACCAGCAAACCGGUGAGCAGGAUUUCAGCCAGACCAGAAUCCCAGCUGCCAGGGAAAAAAAUGGGCUUAAGGUGCAAACGAAGUCCAAAUUUUAAAGGAAAUAAAUCUCCCAAACCCGAUCGUCGCUCACUCUUUACCCUUCAGGCCCUCUCCCCCUUCCCCCUCCUUUUAACCUGAAAGAAUUUCGAAGCGAAGAUAAAAAAUUACUUCGGUAGUCGUUUGACACCUUUUCUUGGCGCAGAGAUGCAGUUCUUAAAACGCCUGAUGGAAAGCCGCCUGUUUGGAAAUUUUUCCAGGGGGAAAACUGCCUUGGCACACAGUCACAUUCUUGACAACUGACACUUUUAAUAUUAAAUAAGUGCGCACUGAUUGUAUUAAUUUGGGUGGAGAUUUACAAAAUGCAAUCUGCGGCUAUAUAUUUAAAGGCAGGCAGCCUUCCGACUCCCAUGAUAGCUUUUACACUUUUUCCUUCCUCUCCGCGCCCGCCCCCCCCCCCGCCACCGCCAGCCCCUUUCCCGCAAAACCUCAAUUUAUCCAUGUCAGAAAUAUAAAGCCCGUUUUAAUUAGCAUACAAAAUAGCAUCCCUUUCUUAACAAUGUUGUACCUUUUUAGUUCCUCCUGGAAAUAAGGAGUGGAUAAAUCAUUCUCUUCAGCGAGUGGGAUUUUAAAGGAAGAGAGACAGAAAGUGGCAGGGGGGGGGAAAUCCCUCCUUCGAUCUAACUUGGCUUAAGUUAUUGUGUCUUCCUUAGCCCUUCCAGUCUUUUUUAAUUUUCAGUUCAAACUCAUAAAACAGCCUAACGACUGUACUAAUGCAGCCAUUAUAUUUCUCUUGGACCAAUAACUGUGGUGUUGUUGUUGUUUAAAAAAUUAAUAGGAUAUCUGUGUCUCCGCAGUGUACAAAAGCUCGUCUCCCCACCCCUCACCUCAAACUACCAGCCCUUUGGGUGGCUUCUGAGAGCCUUCGGUCCAUUCCAUAACUCAACUAAGGAGACUCUAGGCUUUGCCGACCCACAUGUUCCAGCGCAACCUGGUUGUAGAGCUGGCUGGUUGUUUGCUGGUGCUUAACCCGCCAACCCUCCACCCACCCACUUCCCAAUCUCCCAGACGAGUUUGUUGGCAGGAGCAGAAUGAAAAAGCAGUCAUUUCUCUUCUCUCCCCCCCCCCCGCGCGCCCUGCAUAAUAGUCUCAAGAAAUGCUAUAAAGUCCUGGUUAAUGUCCGAGACACAUUGUUAAGUGUUUAAAAUGUUACCGCUACACACAAUGCACGCCAAAGUAGUUUAGUUUGCUCUAGAAUUGACCAUUAUCUUUUAUAGUUAAAAAUCAAGUGCACAUUAUUAGUUUUACUUCACUGGCUUUGACGAUGCUUUUGGCCUUGUUAGCGAUUAAAGAAAAAGGCGCCGAGAGCCGAGUUCACGAGCUCCUCCUCGCGCGGUCCAAAAGCUUCCCCGAGUCAAAUGCUAGCCUUCUCUUUACCAUUGACCUCCCCGGGCUUUGGAUCCGGCCCUGGGUGCCUUGACCAUCAAAGCCCAGACGCUUUGGGUCCCACAAACGCAACCAUAAAAGGGGGCCCUGGAUACGAGGGGCCGCUUCCUUAUUGCCUUAUACUUUGAGUGAAAAGGAACCAACAGGACCCUUGAUUGCAGAGGGUGUGUGUGUGUGUGUCCAGCUGCAAGCGGUUCUAACCUGAAAGAGAAGAGGUUUCAAACCAUUUUCCUAGCCUCGCUCCUCUGGUUUCGACCGCCGGUUUCCCCUUCGAGUCUUCUCUUGAAUCCUAAGAGCAGAAACCGAGUCUUGCUGGGAUGGAUCCGACCAAAGGUCCAAUUGACCUCCAAAGUGGCCCACGGGAUGCCCCUGGACCUCUUUGAAACGGGAAAUGGUCAGUCGCCCGUGCACUUAGGAGGUGCGAAUUCCCGUAUCUCCAGGUUUUUCGCCUUCGCUAGAGUCACGAAUCGGCUCGACCUUCACUGUAGCACUUAUUUAAAGAGAGGAAUGGCGGAAGGGAAUUCUUUCCAUUGGGAUCUAUAGAUUCGCAAUCUUUUUAUUUAAACUGGGGGGUGAUUAUUAUUUUUAAACAGACUUGUAGUAUCUUUCCUUUAUUCGCCAACGGACCCUUCCCCAGGUAGACGGCUGCUGUUGUUGUUGUUGUUGCAUAAGUAGCAAGAUUUUUCAAGGCAUGCGCUUCAUUUCUUUUGGAUCUGGCAGAUGAAGGGUGAGGGCGGGGAUCAACACACCGCACAGAGGGACGAGAUUCCCCCUCCUCGAAGUUUUGAUCUACCUGAUUUUAGCCCCACCAAGUCCUGGGAAAGGCGAAGGUGGGCCGUGCGCGCGGGUCCCAUUUCAUUGCGCGGAGAUCUGCUGUUACAACUCUAAGCCCAUUGAUAAUACGUUUCCAAUGUGCUAGCCCAUAAAAGUGCUCCUUAUAUGGCAUUAAUUUUGCUAGAAGUCAUAUUGCCCUCCUAGGAAUCUGAUAAGAACUUGUUCCUCACACAUUAACACAGUGUAAGUUAAGUCGAGUUGGGGAAACACGGACAAUAUUACUCCAGGGUGUGGGGAAGGCGGCUCUUCUUAUAGGCUGCUGACCCCCUGCCUCUGGUUGUUCUGCCUCCAUGCUUAACUUGUGCUGGAAGCCAGCAGAAGUGAAAAACCCAGGGUGCAAUUCUUGGCUGGUGGGAGAGGAGAUGAGAGGUGAGGGUGAUGGGUAUGGCAGUGGUGGAAGUGGCUUAAGAAGGACGUCUUUCCAUAAAGAUUUUACGGGCCCGGCAAAGUUGCAACUAUCUCUGCCAGGCUUCCCAUCCGACAAGCCAGAAACCUCAGGAGGCCCCCUUCGCGUUCACUUGCCUAGGAGAAAACUCGCGUUCUGUGGCCUACUGCCUUCUGAAUCUUUUAGAAGCUAAGCGGAGGGGAAUCCCAGAAGGAAGGCAGGGAAUUUCCCCACUUUUGUAGGCAAAACCAGGGCGUUAUUAGGCAUGCGAGGCUUGGCAGAUCAAUCCUACCCUACCCAGCCCUCGGUGGAAAGGGGGAAAUGUGCGGAGUGGCAUAUGAGCAUUUUGCAGGACUCGCCCUUCAUUGUAUGAAAGCCAAGGGUAAGCCGUGCCAGAGAGAGAGGGUAUAUCUGAAAGCCACCCUCUCUGCUGCACUCACUACACCGAAGGCUCGGUCAGGAAAAUAAGGCAGCGCCUUUGCCUCCCGAUUCCCUUGGCAUUCUUAGCGCUUUUGAGGGCUUUAUGGACGAGGGAGUGGGUGCCAAAACGGAACCGAGCAGAAGAUUUACAGCACAAUAUUGAAUUGUUCAAAAGAAUAUUCCUACUCGCUUGGGAGCAGAGACAGGCGAUCAUUUAAAUCCUACCAGCUGGGGCGGUUUGGAAGAAGAGAUACUUAACGCAGGGAUUUGUAACCUAAAAAAAAAAAAAAAGUUAAACAAAGAUUUGUUUUCUUUUCUUAAAAAAUAAUAAUUCUAAAAGACUCCAUGGACAAUAAGAGAUGUUAUUUCUCUCAAGUUUUUAUUAUUUCCAAACAACGCGUGCCAAGAACAUGAGAGACAGAGAGGCAGAGAGAGAAGUGGAGCCAUUCUUUCGCUCCCCCGCCCCCCAAUUAAAAAAUCUAUCUAUCUGCCCCCGUCUGCCGGUCUCACUCUCUUGUCUGCUAGUUGUCUACCACAAUUACGAACUGGCUACACAGUUUUGUCUGACAGUCCUUUUUAGCCUUUUAUGGGUUGAGAAUGAGGAUAUUUUGAGAUAAUUUGCUUGUGGCGCACUUUUGAAUCUAUAGUGGGUGUGCGAUUAUUAUUAUACUCCCCCUUGGGGAAAAAAGAAACCAUUCCGAACACUAACCAUUAGAAUUUAAUGUUCAUCUGAGGAUAUCUCGCAUCCACGUUCUGUGAGACCUUUUGCUAUCCUCGUCCCUACAAGACACACCAGAUAUUUCUGCUUCGCAUGUUAGUUUAAGACCAGAUACGGAAGACUUCGAUGCAAUGCUUGCUUACUGGGUCAACAAAGAUGGGCUCAUAUUGUUACUGUUGCUUCUGCGGCGCUAGACAGGAAUAUUUCACAGUGGCGCUCCUCAGCCUCUCUGCCAGGCGGGGGUUCACUUCUGAGCCGGUAUUUCUAUAUGUACCCUUAGCUGAAAGUAAACCCACCCAUCCCACACUGAACACAGUGGGACUUGCUUCCGCGUAAAACACGUAUAUGCCAAUAUUCAAAGAUGGGAGCCAGGCUUGAGAAUUUUCUUCAUUAGUGUCGUUGUCAUCUUGAGGAGACAUUGGGUGACUUUAUGAUGUCCGUAAACCUUCAGUGCUAGUGAGGAGGUCAGAUUGGUUUAGAACUUCCAGUGGCCCGUGAUGCCAUAAUCACCGCCACUAAAAAUAGGUAAGCAAAAGCAUGUCCCAGGGCUUGACAAUAAAUACUGAGGUUUUAAUAAUUUCAUCACAGCCAUGGGCUGUAUGAGAUGGGAUUGGGAGAGCAAAAGGGGGAGGGGGGAAUGUUGGUGGCGAGGUGGCAGAAAGAGAGAGAGGAGUUGGGAUGUUGAAAGGUUCACUUACAGCUCGCUUUACGACCUGAACGCUUAAUAUGCUCCUUUGCAAUUUUAUAUUAGCGCAUAUGCUUAAAGAGGAAGCCUGGCUAAAUUAUGGGUUGCAUUAAAAUCGGGGCAAAUUGUUUUCUAUUGUUUGUCUCCCCUUUCUCCUCCGUGUGCGCGAGAGCCCACGCGCGCCUUUCCCCCUCCUUUGCUCACACGCAGGCAAAAGGCAGCCUAUAUGUGGCAACAUCAAUUGUACCCCGGGCACCUAGGCAAGGGCAGCUAUGUGGCACCAUCGAUUACACACACACACACACACACACACACAUAUAUAAAAUUCAGCAGUGGACCUGAGAGCAGCUCAUUGCCUACGAAACCAAACGGGGAGGGGUUGCUGGCGAGGGCUGGGAUUCCAUUGGCUGCACGCACUCGCCGUGGCGCGGGGGUAUCUCUAAUCAUAUCCAGCAUGUUUUGCACAAGAAAUGUCAGCCAGAAAGGGCUAUCUGCUCUCUUCGCCAAAUUAUUCCACCACGGCCAUGGCAUGCUCGGAGAGCCCCGCUGCAAACUCUUUUUUGGUGGACUCCUUGAUCAGCUCAGCCUCAAGCAGAGGGGAAGGCGGAGGAGGCGGAGGCGGGGGCGGCGGAGGAGUUGGAGGAGGAGGAGGCGGAGGAGGCGGCGGCGGCGGCUACUAUCCCAACAACAGCGGUGUCUACCUGCCACAGGCGUCCGAUCUGUCCUAUGGGCUGCAAAGCUACGGGCUUUUCCCGGUCUUGAGCAAACGCAAUGAAGGCCCUUCUCCAAGCGUGGCGCCGGCUUCUCACGCCUACAUGUCAGGGAUGGAAGUCUGGCUAGAUCCCCCCAGGUCCUGCCGCCUGGAAGAGCACGAGAGCCCGCAGGCGACCUCCUGCUCCUUCGCUCCCAACAUCAAAGAGGAGAGCUCCUACUGCCUCUAUGACGCCGAGAAGGGCCCCAAAGAGGCGGCGGCCACCGACUUGUCCGUUUUCCCAAGGCUGAGCUCGGAGGUCUGCUCCAUGAACAACGUGACAGCCACCGGGGUGCCCGUCCCAGGCUACUUCCGCUUGUCUCAAGCCUACGGUACCAGCAAGAGCAGCGGCAGCAGCAAUGGCAGCAGCUACAACAAACAGCAACCACCACCAUCAACAUCAUCACCAACAGCAGCAGCAGCAGCACCAUCCGGGGCAGAUGGUGGUUCCUUCCCAGUUCGCCCCGCAACCUCAAGUGCGCUUUGAAACUCCGCCAGCGUUGACUCCUGCAGUCCCACCGCCGGAUCCGGGGAGGAAAGAGAGCGAGGAUUCAUCCCCCCCAGCACCUUGGCUUGCGUGGCCCAAAGGGGUGAGGAAGAAGGGCAAGCUUCCUCUUCGGCCCCCGAAGAACUCUCCCCGGCUCCUUCAGAGAACAGCAAGCCCUCUCCAGAGAAGGAAACGCUAGGCAAUUCCAAAGGAGAGAACGCAGCCAGUUGGCUCACCGCAAAAAGUGGCAGGAAGAAGCGAUGCCCUUACACCAAGCACCAAACUCUCGAGCUGGAAAAGGAGUUUCUGUUCAACAUGUACCUGACUCGUGAGCGUCGCCUAGAGAUCAGCCGCACAGUCCACCUAACAGACAGACAAGUCAAAAUCUGGUUUCAGAACCGCAGGAUGAAACUGAAGAAAAUGAACAGGGAGAAUCGAAUCCGGGAGCUCACAGCCAACUUCAAUUUCUCCUGAUGAACCCUAGGCACGCAUCUUGAUGGUCUGAACAGCUAGGACAGUUCCACCCCACCCCCACCCCCACGGGUCUCCUCCCCACCUCUAGCUACUCGCACCUGUGUGCGUCCGAGCCUUUCAAUUACAUCCUCAGCCUCUCCAUGGCCUCUUGGUAAUUGAUUUCGUUGGGAUGAAGCCAUAACUGAUGCACACUACCCCAUCCAUGUCCGCUGCUGCCCUCAGUCAAUGCCCGGUCUAGAAAGUCUGACGCUGAGGGGGGGGGGAAUGGUUUUCAGAACCCUAGAUGCCUAUUGCCCCCCCCCUUCUCAACACCCUUCUCCCAAACUCCAUUUUCAGAAAAUUGAGCCAAAUAAGACUGGAGGCAACUUGCGUUCUCUCCCACCCCACUGUAAUAGUAGCUGGUGUUUUGGAUCUGAGCCGAGGAUGGUUUUGAAUAAUUAAAAUCUGGCCACGCCGCUGCUUAAUAGGAAACAUGCGUCUAGCCGAUCCAGAUAAAAUCAGGUUAUAGAAUAUGGUGUCAGGAGCCAAGGCUGGCGCACUUAUAUGUUUGUUUGUGCCCAAUCCCCCGCGUACCCAAAAAUCCAUAUUUAAUAUUACAACUUUUAAAAUUGCCACGAAAAUGAGACCUCUCCCCCCCUCCUCCUCCUCCCCCUCCCCCCCAAAAGGAGAGAGGAAAGUCUUUGUCUGCUUUAUUGGCUAAAAUCUUACACUUUCUGGUUGUAGGUAAUGACUUGAGGUAGCUUUUGCUUUGGAUACCUUCGGGUUACCGCUAGUUACGCUUGGCAAGCACAUGAAAGGAAGGAAGGAAGAAAUCUCCCCGCUUUGGAGAGGAGAAACGACUUUGUCCACGGAGAGGUGUGUUAUUCUAUGUAUAUUGGACCACCAGAUGAAUUUUCCCCCUGACUUGACUGUGGGGGACAGCAAGGGAGGUGAAAGUUCCCCCCCCUGGUUUCCUUGAUACUGUGAAGUUACAUGCGUUGAAAAGGUCAAGCGUGUAGUGCAAAGAGAAGAUUUUUUUUUAAAGAAAAAAAAAUAUCUAUGAAUACAGAAUAUGUAUAAAUGUCUAUUAAUAUUAAUAUUAUUAAUAUUAUUAAAAUGCCGAUACUGUUGCAAGCAAAGCAUUCUAUAGCGUUAUUCUCGAUGUUAGCUCUAUCUCUCGUCCAUCCCCUCCUUACCUUAAAACCAAUGAACUGUAAUGCUGCCCUGCGUGGAAGUAAAGCAAAACAAAAACAAAAACAAAAAAACACAGGACAAAAUGGAGACGCUGUUUAUGUUUCUCUUGGAAGAAGAAUAAAAGGCAUGGAAUGAACCACCCUCUUAAAAAAAAAAAAUACCUCGUUUGUGACUGUUUAUUCUCAUGGUCCUACUUUCAGAUCUCCAAGAACUUUUACAACAGGAAUAGUUUGCCCGAGCCCCCUGCAAUUACUUUAGGAAUCUAUUUAAAUAUUACCUAGACGGUCGUAAUUUGUCUGGGCCAUAUAGCAAUGGUGCUGUAAGGUUUGUCGGCUUUUGUUCAGUUUUAUGACUUGCUAGUAUAUCUGGAUUGUUGCUGUCUUGGACGAGUGGUUUUAGUUGACUGAGGCAGUCAACACAGGCAGAGGAAGCCAAGGGCUGCCUAUUUGCGAAGUUAGAGGACCUGGGCUUCUCUUUAUUUAUUUAUUUUAUUAAAAUAACUCGGUGGCUAA